AUCAGACUUAACUUAAGAAGAAAAAGGGAGGACUAUUAUGCAUACAUUUGCAGUUAUAAAAGUGAAAUAGGCGAGUCAACCAAGUAUAGUAAAGUCCAAUAAUAUUAAUCCAGCCCAUUUGGCCCAAACUAUUGACUAAUAAAGCGUUGGCGAGAUAGUAGUAUUAUUAGAAUUUAGUAAGCACACAGAAUCCACAAAACCGCUCUCAAAGUCAUAUCCUCUACUCGCACUUUCUCUCUCUUAAAUCCCUUUCCUCCUCUCUCUCUCUUCCAGCAGUAACCAACAAAGAAACCUGUAUGGCGUCCCCACGCGAGGAGAACGUGUACAUGGCCAAGCUUGCCGAGCAGGCCGAGCGCUACGAGGAGAUGGUGGAGUUCAUGGAGAAGGUCGUCGGCGCCGUUGACGGCGACGAGCUCUCCGUUGAGGAGCGAAACCUCCUCUCCGUCGCCUACAAGAACGUCAUUGGCGCCCGACGAGCCUCCUGGCGCAUAAUAUCCUCCAUCGAGCAGAAGGAGGAGAGCCGCGGCAACGAGAGCCACGUCUCCUCCAUCAAAAGCUACAGAUCUAAGAUCGAGUCGGAGCUCUCAUCCAUUUGCGACGGUAUACUCAAGCUCCUCGACACCAAACUCAUCGGAUCCGCCGCCACCGGCGAUUCUAAGGUGUUUUACUUGAAGAUGAAGGGCGAUUACCAUCGCUAUUUGGCGGAGUUUAAGACUGGAGCCGAACGCAAGGAAGCCGCUGAGAACACUCUUUCCGCUUAUAAGUCUGCUCAGGAGAUUGCUAAUACUGAGCUUGCCCCUACACAUCCAAUCCGACUUGGACUAGCACUUAACUUCUCAGUCUUUUACUACGAGAUUCUGAAUUCUCCUGACCGAGCUUGUAAUCUUGCCAAACAGGCUUUUGAUGAGGCCAUCGCGGAGUUGGACACUCUGGGGGAGGAAUCAUACAAGGAUAGCACCUUGAUCAUGCAGCUUCUCCGUGACAACCUCACUUUGUGGACCUCUGACAUGCAGGAUGACGAAGAUAUCAAGGAAGCAGCACCGAAGCCUGACAACGAGUAGCUUCAUUUAGGUCUAGUAUCUGGGUGUCAUGCUAUUGUCUCUAUAGUAGUCUUACAGUCUUCUUCUUCGAGGAGAGGGGGGCAUGAGAAAGUGAGAAGUUUGCUGCCCUCAGUAAGCAUUAAGCUUCGUAGUCAGCUUCUUGCCCCCCUUCGCUUCAUGAUUCUUCGCCUUUCAUUUCUUUGCUAAACUCUGAUGAUGUAUGUGCGAAAUUUGCUUAUAUAAUUUGUGCUGAUUUCUCUUUUUAAGAAAAA